GCCCAUCAACUUCUAGGCGAGCAGCCAAUUAAGAAAAUGUUUUACAACAACAAAUCUUUUUUCGAAGUGACUAAAUCCUCAGAAAUCUUCUUCAUUUUCCUCUUAUCUCAAUUCUUAUUCACGAAUGCCCAACAACUAAGGGCGGAAUUCCUCAAUGUCACCCUCCGAUAUCGGGAGUACUGUCACAAAGCAUACUAUAAUCCUUACAUAGAUGGCGAUACCAUCUAUCUAAUCGGUGGUUGUUCCAUUAACACUGACAAACAGAUUUUGGCAUUUUCCAUCACAAAACGAAUCAAUUUCCACUGUCGGACAUCUACCUGAUAGGGGGGACUCAGGAUCAGUACAGGGAGACUCGGGCGGAAACAUUUUAUACUUUGGGGGUGGUGUAGAUAAUAAAUACGUCUACAAGUAUGACCCCAUAACACGAUAUACUACCACGGUCGCCACAUUGCCAUACGUUCAAGGAGUGUAUCAUCAUACAACUGUUAAAUAUAAUGAUUCAUCAUCAACUUCCUUCAUGUUCGGUGGAAAUUACCAAGGCUACGACCUCUUAGCUUUUGACAUGGAAACUUAUAACUAUUCCAUUAUUUCUAACAUGACCCAACGGUAUUUCAAAGCAGCCGCCAUCACAGUUGGGAACAGGGCCUAUAUAUUUGACGAUUAUGGAUUUGGAAGGGCGGUCGAGUUAGAUUUGGACACGUUUACUGAGACCCCCGUCGGUCCAUCUACUCUUCCAGAUUUCAAUUCUGCUGCAGCUGUGUGGGAUGGGGACAAUGCUUCUUACAUCUUUGGAGGAUACCCUCCAAGUGCUGGGCGAACAGAUGGGAUUUUUCAGUUCAGCCCAACCAGUUACGAAAGUAGUUUCAUCCCCGUAGAAAACUGGCCUUUGCAAAGCUCCAGCUAUUUCAUGAUGGCCCCUGCUUCCGUCUUUGUCCUUAGUAUGAACAGAAUCUAUUGUUUUGGGGGAUAUUCUUACAACGGGACUUCUGGUAGUGGCGAAUCUCACAACUCGAUUUUCUACAUGGACAUGACACCACUAGAUGCAAGUCCAACAACUGAACAGUGGACAACAGAAGACCAAACUACCACUAACUUUCCAACUACUACGCGUUCAACAACUACAGCAGAUUUCCCAUCAACUACAGAUAUAUCAACUACUACAGGGAUACCAACUACCACAGAGACAUCAACUACUACAGAUAUACCAACUACUACAGAGAUACCAACUACUACAGAUCUUCCAAAUACGACAGACUCUCCAAUUGCUACCACAACCCUCAAUCCGGAUUUCUUUACCUGCAGAAAUCGCAGUGAUGGAAUGUACCCACAUCCUGCUGACUGCUCGCAAUUUAUCGGAUGUCGGUCUGAGGAAUUAACAAUUUUUCAGUGUCCUACACCCCUGCUUUUUGACCCGAUCCAGAAAUCUUGCCAACCGCCGGAGGAAGUGGAGUGCCGAACUUCGUGCAUUGACAGACCAAAUGGAGAAUAUCCACAUCCGCACGAUUGCUCACUCUUCAUCAUAUGCCGAGAUGGGGACGCUAACCUGUACAAAUGCCCACCUCCACUCCUAUUUGAUCCGAUCCUUUCCGCCUGCAACUUUCCGGAUGACGUCGACUGCUACAGUGUUAAACAUAUUUUUGAUAGGAAUUAGUUUUAUGAAUUAAAUAAGUACAUAAAAUUUUUAAAAAAUGUCCAAAAAACAUAUAGUUAUGUCACCCAAUUAUCCAAAAAGUAUGAAAACAAAAGGUAAAUACUAACUUGCUUUUUAGCUUUCAAGUAAUGUUACACUUUAGUACAUAUUUAGUCACAAGUCAAGCAAGCACUAAAUUUUGUUUAGGGGAAAUAAGUUUACGUCCAUUACAAGCAUGUUUUCUGGGUAGAACGUAAAGUUCUAGACUAUUAAUUCACAUUGUAAAUUAACAAACAAAAUUGCCAAAUGCAUUUAGUGAUUUGUGUAUUAACAUAUGGAAAUAAAACCUGUUUCGAAAACAA